AUCCUCUUAUUUUUGUUUGGUCAAAUUUGUCACAUCGUAAAUUAGAAAAUGUGCAUGAUUUGACGAUCGGCUUGAAGCGAGGCGAGGAGGAAGAGAAGAAGAAGUAGCAAAGUGUUGCCCUUGAAUGAGUUUCCGAUCCACGAUUCCGUCGGUGAGCUCAGAAUCCGAAGAAGGAAAACGCGGAAUCGAAUCUGAUCUCAUCUCAUGUCGUUCUCCUUCUUCAAGCCAUCGAGGCCUAAAACGCCUCAAGAGGUCGUUAAGGCGAUCAGAGACAGUCUCACGGCUCUCGACACCAAAACCGUUGUUGAAGUUAAAGCCCUCGAGAAGGCUCUGGAAGAAGUUGAGAAGAAUUUUUCUUCUCUGAGAGGAAUGCUUUCUGGAGAUGGUGAGGCUGAACCAAAUGCUGAUCAAGCUGUACAGUUAGCAUUAGAGUUUUGCAAAGAAGAUGUUAUCUCUCUUGUUAUUCAUAAGCUACACAUUUUGGGAUGGGAAGCAAGAAAAGAUUUACUGCAUUGCUGGUCUAUCUUGUUGAAGCAAAAAGUCGGCGAGACUUAUUGCUGUGUGCAAUACUUUGAAGACCAUUUCGAGUUGCUCGACUCUUUGGUUGUAUGCUAUGACAACAAGGAAAUUGCUUUGCAUUGUGGAAGUAUGCUUAGGGAAUGCAUUAAAUUCCCAAGUCUUGCUAAGUAUAUUCUAGAGUCUGCCUGCUUUGAGUUAUUCUUCAAGUUUGUGGAGUUGCCAAAUUUUGAUGUUGCUUCUGAUGCGUUUUCAACUUUCAAGGAUCUUCUCACAAAACAUGACUCUGUCGUCUCCGAGUUUCUCACCUCUCAUUACAGCGAGUUCUUUGAUAUUUAUGAAAGACUUUUGACAUCAUCAAAUUAUGUGACGAGAAGGCAGUCGCUGAAGCUUCUCUCGGAUUUCCUAUUGGAGCCUCCAAAUUCCCACAUAAUGAAAAAAUUCAUCCUAGAAGUUCGUUACAUGAAAGUGAUAAUGACACUUUUAAAGGACUCGAGCAAGAAUAUUCAGAUAUCGGCCUUCCAUAUAUUCAAGAUCUUUGUGGCGAAUCCUAAUAAGCCGCAAGAAGUGAAGAUCAUUUUGGCAAGAAACCACGAGAAAUUACUGGAACUUCUUCUCAACUUGUCCCCUGGUAAAGGUUCCGAAGAUGAUCAGUUCGAAGAGGAAAAAGAGCUGAUCAUCGAGGAGAUCCGAAAAAUGUCUCGCCUGCAAAACCUCGAACUUUGAACAUUCCUUGGCCUCUCUCAUCUCUCUCUCUGUUCCACGCGUUGAUUCCGAGUCCUGCAGAAGAAGUUUCUACUGAACUCUGUGUCGAAAUUUCAUAACCAUUUGUCUUAAACAUAAAACUGCUGGUUUUUUUAAUGAAAGUUCGUAAUAUAUAACCUUUGAUUCUGUGUGACAGACAAAAGACAUAAUCGCCGAGUUGCUUGGAUCCAUGAGUUGUCUCUUAUUAAAAGACAAACACUUUGUUGCCUUUUGUAUGAAGAUUGUGCUUUUGUAUGUAAUGACAGACUCCUCUCUACUUACAGUUCAUAGUGAAACCCUUUUU